UACACACAUCUCACAAAUCACAACCCACAACGCGAACAAAACCCAACCCACACCCAAUCCCCCAGCACUCAAGCCAUAGCACAUCAGCCACGUCCGUCCCAAUCCAAAUCCAAUCCCCGACAUGUCCUACCGCAAACCAAAAUCCAUAUCCGAGACAGCCAAUCGCAGCAUCAAUCCAGCUGGCAUUGCCUUGUAUCGAGGUAUGUAUAAAGCUAAAGAACUUUCUCCGAUAAACCCGUCUCACACAUGCAUUGAGUCUAAGGUACCAGCCCCAGCGGAUUCUUUCAUCGGCUCAGGCCUCAUUCGCCCACCAUUAACUCCUUGGAGACCAACUCCUCUGCUGGAUACUCUCCCAUCCGCUGAAACUUGGUGUGAUCUUGAGUCUCCUUCCUGCCCGCCUUCGCACAAAGCUAGGUUGAUAAGACGAAGGACUGCACGAGCUAUGAGUGGUAGGCCGUCUACGAUUUUCAAGACUACCGUGCCUGCUAAGAAGAUUUCCGCAUGUGCUGAGGUCUCGAAAGCUUUAGAGAGUUAUACUGAGUUAAUGAAAAGACACUCCGCUCUAGCAGUACCGAGUUCCGCUCAAGACACUCGCAGCAGUCCCCCUGAUCUUCCGCCAAGCUCCCAUAACAGCGGCAUCCCAACACCACCCAUGCCAAUCAAUGAGGCCACUCCAUCGCUAUCUCCGGUCAAGCUGUCUUUCACUGAGCGAGUCUCCAUUGCAAAUGAAAUCUGGAUUUGUGUCGCUACUGACAUACUGAAGUCUUACAAUACGUGCGAAGGUAGAAGCGACCAACACGAUUAAUGUGAACGAUAAGAGGCAAAGCUCAACUGAGUGAAAGGAAGAAUGCGGGUACAGAAAACGUGCUGCACCUUCAAGGCAACGAAUUUCAAGGCAAGGAGGAAUGGCAUAGUGUUCAUAUUGCUUUUAGAGAGGAGGGAGUUCUCAGGAGUUAGACUUUGACGAUAGAGUUGAAUGUCUCCAAUCAAUUAAUGAUAAUGAAAUGAAA